AUGUCGCCAGUUACUGGAUUGCCUCUCAAAGCUUUGAGUGCAUCUGCGUCUACCCGGCUCUCGAACUCCUGGAUCGCCCUCUACCGCUCGUUUCCAGAGACUGCGCUAUCGACUUCUCGGUCGCUGCGUACCGCCCUGCCGCGUUCUAUCUUCACACAAUCUUCAGCUCGACUGACUGGGGCCGUAGCAGCCACAGAUCAACAACCAAAGACAACAUCACCUCCUCAAGCGACGCCGGCGGACCCUAAACGCCAUUCUUUCGACAACCUUGAAGACCAGCCGUUGACUUUACAAGAAGAUGACCCCUCACGGGUGGAUUGGACAAGGUCUUUUCACGGGCUCUCCGUGGAACCAUUUUCCAAAGAGGCUGCGGACACACUGCAGGCGCCUAUAGCUCCUGAGGACAUCGAGAUCAAGCCGGAUGGCAUCAUUUAUCUCCCCGAGAUCAAAUAUAGACGGAUUCUGAACAAGGCCUUUGGCCCUGGCGGCUGGGGAUUGGCUCCAAGAGGCGAGACGAUUGUCACGGAGAAGUCUGUGACGCGAGAAUAUGCAUUGCUGGCGCACGGAAGACUGGUUUCGAUUGCGCGCGGGGAGCAAGAUUACUUCUCGAAAGAGGGUAUACCAACCGCUGUCGAAGGCUGUAAAUCCAACGCAAUGAUGCGGUGUUGCAAAGAUCUCGGCGUAGCUAGUGAGCUCUGGGACCCACGCUUUGUGCGCAAGUUCAAGGCAGAGCAUACGCGGGAAGUCUUCGUCGAGCACCAAGGCACAAGGAGGAAGACCAAGAUUCACUUGCGAAAGGGCGAUCCUGUUCCCUACCCUUACGCCGAACUGAAGAAAUGA